AUGGAGAAGAAGAAGGCGGCGGUGCCGCUGGUCUGCCACGGCCACUCGCGGCCGGUCGUCGACCUGUUCUACAGCCCCGUCACGCCCGACGGCUACUUCCUCAUCAGCGCCAGCAAGGACUCAAAUCCAAUGCUUCGUAAUGGUGAGACUGGAGAUUGGAUUGGGACUUUUGAAGGUCAUAAAGGUGCUGUUUGGAGCUGUUGCCUUGACACAAAUGCUCUGCGUGCUGCCUCUGGUUCAGCAGACUUUUCAGCUAAAGUAUGGGAUGCACUAACAGGUGAUGAACUACAUUCAUUUGAACACAAGCAUAUAGUCCGUGCAUGUGCCUUUUCUAAGGAUACCCACCUGUUGCUUACUGGAGGUAUGGAAAAGAUUUUGCGUGUAUAUGAUUUGAACAAACCAGAUGUUGCUCCGAAAGAACUUGACAAAUCACCUGGUUCUGUCCGAACUGUUGCUUGGCUUCAUAAUGACCAAACUAUACUGAGUUCCUGCACUGAUACGGGUGGAGUAAGGUUAUGGGAUGUGAGGAGUGAAAAAAUUGUCCAAACUCUUGAAACCAAGGGACCUGUUACCAGUGCAGAAGUAAGCCAGGAUGGCAGGUUCAUCACCACAGCUGAUGGCUCAAGUGUAAAAUUUUGGGAUGCUAAUCACUUUGGGCUUGUUAAAAGCUAUGAUAUGUCGUUUAUUGUGGAGUCGGCUUCACUUGAACCAAAGUCUGGCAGCAAAUUCAUUGCUGGAGGAGAAGAUAUGUGGGUUCAUGUAUUUGAUUUCCUUACUGGUGAAGAAAUAACUUGUAACAAAGGGCAUCAUGGUCCAGUUCACUGCGUCCGGUUUGCACCUGGUGGUGAAUCAUACGCCUCAGGGUCGGAAGAUGGUACUAUUCGGAUCUGGCAGCUGAGCCCACCUAACGCGGAUGCUGAGGAGGCGAUCGAUACAAAUGGUAAGCCCAAGGCUGGAGCAGAGGAGAUUGCGUGUAAGAUUGAAGGCUUCCACAUUGCCAAGGAGGAGAAGGCCGGGGAGUAG